ACAUAGAGCGGCCCGUUUCUCAAGUCAUGACUUCCACCGGCUUUGACCAUUACCUCCCUUCUACUUACAAGAGGAGGGUAGUUGUGCACAGUGCAGGAUAUGGAGCUGGAGGAGGAAUAGGAUCUAGGUCUGCCUACUCCAGCCACUCUGCCCCAAUAACUUCCUAUGCAUCUUCACGCAGAAGUUAUCCAACCCACGCCCAAGCUGUUUCCAGCUACUCCUCCGUGCUUUCUGCUCCAGUGUCUGCAGCUGCCAUUGAGCUUCGCAUUGAACAAGCAGCCCAGGUCAGCUCUGAGUUUAAAGUAUUAAGGACCCAGGAGAAGGCCGAGCUGCAGGACCUGAAUGACCGCUUUGUGAGCUUCAUUGAGAGGGUCCAUGAACUGGAGCAGCAGAACAAGUUGCUGGAGACUGAACUCCUGCUGCUCAGGCAGAGGCAGACGGAGCCAUCCAACCUCCGGGGCCUGUAUGAGCAUGAGAUGCGUCAGCUCCGUGCUGCUGUGGAGCAGGCCCACCAUGAGAAGCAAGCAGCCCAGGACCACAGGGAUGAGAUGGAGGACGUGUUUAGUAACCUGCAAAAGCGCUAUGAGGAAGAAGUGCUCGGCAGAGAGGAAUCAGAGGGCAGACUCAUGGAUGCCAGGAAGGGAGCAGAUGAAGCUGCACUGGUCCAGGCUGAGCUCGACAAAAGGGUUGGGACCCUGCUGGAUGAGCUGACCUUCCUGAAGCGCCUCUGCGAGAGUGAGAUUGCAGAGCUACAGGCCCAAAUACAGUUAAGCGCUCAGGUGUCAGUGGAGAUGGAGGUCACCAAGCCUGAUCUGUCUGCAGCUCUCCGUGACAUCCGAGUCCAGUAUGAGAAGCUGGCCCAUCGCAACCUUCAAUCAGCCGAAGAAUGGUUCUGUGACAAGGUGAAUGUGAUGACAGUAGGCACUUCCCGAAAAACCGAGAGUGCACGUAAUGCCAAAGAUGAGGCUGCAGAGUACCGCCGGCUGCUCAAAUCUAGGACGCUGGAGAUUGAUGCCUGCCGUGAGAUGAAUCAAGCUCUGGAAAACCAACUUCAGGAUGUCGAGGAGAAACAGAGUGCUGAGAUCUCUGCGCUGCAGGAUUCAAUUAGUCAACUGGAGGAUGAGUUGAGGGCGAACAAGAAUGACAUGGCUCGCUACUUGAAAGAUUAUCAGGACCUCUUGAACGUGAAGAUGGCCCUGGAUAUUGAGAUUGCAGCCUACAGGAAGCUCCUUGAAGGAGAAGAGAACCGCUUCAAUGUGGCGGGCCCGGGGUCCUUCAACGUUUUCUCCCCAGCCAUGUACGCUGCUCCCUCCUACGGAAGAACACAGUUCUCAAUGCAGUCUCAUCUGAGCUCUGCAGCUCCAUACAUGCUGAGCUCCCGCUUCUAUACUUCAUCACUGCCCGCAGAGGAGACAAUAUCCGCAAGCCAAGCACAGCGGGCGGAGGCCAGCCCUCCUCAAGAGGAGGAGGAAGAGCAGGUGGAAGAGGAAGAGAAGGAGGAAGAAGAGGAGGAUCAGGGAGAAGAGGGGGAGGAAGAAGCAGAUGGAGCAGAAAAUGAAGAGGGUGAGGCAGAGGAGGGAGAAAAAGAAGAUAAGGAGGAAGGUGGAGAGGCGACCCCACCUCAAGAAGAGGAGGACGCUGAGCAGAAAGAGGAAGAGGCUGAGAAGGAGGAUGACGAGGAGGUGGAGCCCGAAGAGAAAAAUGGAAAAACAACAGAAGAAAAAGUUUAAAUUCAAACCAAAUGAAAAUCUCUUGAAAUCAGAAGAAAACGUGUUGCUGAACAAAUUCUCUGUAUUAUCAACUUGUGGCCAACAGCAUGUGCGCAAACUGUACCAGCAAAGAAAUGAAACAAUAAAAGCUAAUCAAUAAACUGGUGAGGACGGGGUGUGGCUGGUCCGGAGUACAAGUUCUGCUGUGAGGAGAUUUGGCUGCAAACACCUGUGUGCUUUACUUUCACCUGUACAUGCCUGUAAGACUGUCUGUAUGUGCAACACCCAGUUUAUGCCUUACUUCACAGUCCUCACCGAGUGCUUUAAAUCCAUGAUGUGCUGCGUUGAACUCCAAUAAAGCCUUGAAGCCUUGUCAACCCAGAG